AUGCCUCCGGCCGGCGGCCCCCGACCGCCGCGCCCCGCCACGCUGCCCCGCAGCCUGUCCCGCCUGCGCGAGUGCCCUGGGCGCUCCCGCAUCGUGCUGGCGCUAGGGGCCACGCAGAUGGCGCUCGGAUGCCUCAUCGUGGCCGUCAGCUUCGCCGCGCUGGCGCUCACCACCUCGGCCCGCGUCCGCCACUCCUGCCCCUUCUGGGCCGGCUUCUCGGUGCUGCUGUCGGGACUCAUUGGUGUCGUUUCCUGGAAGAGGCCUUUCUCCCUCGUGAUAACCUUUUUUAUGCUGCUUUCUGCAGUGUGUGUGAUGCUGAAUUUGGCUGGUUCAAUCCUCUCUUGUCAGAAUGCUCAGCUAGUCAACUCCCUAGAAGGCUGCCAGUUGAUUAAGUUUGACAGUGUGGAGGUGUGUGUCUGCUGUGAGCUGCAGCACCAGUCGACCGGCUGCAGCAACCUCGGGGAGACGCUGAAGCUGAACCCGCUGCAGGAGAACUGCAACGCCGUGAGGCUGACCUUGAAGGAUCUCCUCUUCAGCGUGUGCGCCCUCAACGUCCUCUCCACCAUUGUGUGUGCGCUGGCCACAGCCAUGUGCUGCAUGCAGAUGGUCUCUGCCGACGUCCUGCAGAUGUUUCUCCCGCAGAGGUCGCAGUCUGCCGGCGCCGCCUGCGUGACCCCCCACGGCACCGUUGUGCACCGGACCCUGGAUUUCGACGAGUUCAUCCCCCCGCUCCCACCGCCGCCCUAUUACCCUCCAGAGUACACCUGUACACCCUCCACUGAGGCCCCCAGGGGCCUCCACCUGGACUUCGCUGGGUCUCCGUUCAGCACUUUGUAUGACGUGGCCAUCAACAGCCCUGGCCUGCUCUACCCUGCCGAGCUGCCCCCACCGUACGAGGCAGUGGUGGGCCAGCCCCCCGCCGGCCAGGUUACAAGUUCAGAUCAGCAAGUGGCUGAGACUAGCUCCGGGGACCCAGAUGCCACUGCUGGCUUCAGCACACCAGCAACGUCCGACAACGCAAACCUCCUGGUGUCUGAGGGUGCCGCUGCACCGGGUCCCAGCCACCCAUCCCCUGACAGCCCCAUGGGUGUCCCACCACCCCCGCCACCUGCCCCAUGCCUUGGUUGCACAUCUCUGGAGGAUCCUGGCACAGACAGGCAGGCACGGCAAGCCCCCAGGCACGUGUCCCGCUCCACCAGCGACCCCACUUCAUGCACAUCUGGUGCAGCAGGUGAUGGCUCUUCACACACACCCUUGUGCAGCCAGGACCUAGAAGCAGGGCUGUCGCGGGCUGCUCCGGGGACCGUUUCCAAGUCUCGCUCUGCUGUGGCUGCCCGUCGGCCCCGGCUUUCAGCAGCUGGGGACACAGACACCUGGAAAAUCAGCCAACAGCCAGUGCCAGAGGUCUUCCCGGCGGUCUCCAAAGAGCGGCCACACUCUUUAGUGGACAGCAAGGCCUAUGCAGACACCAGAGUUUUGGUGGCUAAGUUUUUGGAACACUCGCACUGUGCCCUCCCUCCCGAGGUGCGUCACGUGGUGGGCGCCGUCCGCGCGGCCGUGUCCUCUGAGGAGCGCCCCCUGGAGGAGGCUGUCUUCAGCGCGGGCGUCCCGGACCAGGUAUGAAGGAGCCAGGGGUCUAGAUGUGGACACCAACAGGACUGGAGCCGCGGACAUUCUUGCCAGAAGCCACCGGCCUGGCACAGAAGCAUCGUGGCGGCCGCCCAGGAGUAUCUCACGCUGGCUCAUCAGGGAACAGUUAUCACCUGUCUGGAGGUGGAUCAGUUGUUUCCCUGGGGAUUCCAUUUCCUACCUAGCCGAGUAAUUCAGAAAAAUGACUCCUGUCCCCAGUGAACUCAUUGGUUUUAUCUGGCGUGUGGCACCUUGAACUGACCAGCGUUACAGCAACAGGUGACACUCAUGUCACUUAAAGACCUUAAGUAUCUUCAAAAUUAGGGCUGUCAAAACCAGGAUUCUGCCCGUCUCAAGUUUGUUUAGUGUUAAAUGGACGGAGGAUGACAUCAAGCAAUGAAACCAUUUUCUCAUGCGGUUUGCAUCGCUCUAUAACCAAACCUUUAACGCAUUCUGACCUAUUUCCUUUAAAAGGAAAUAGAUAAUUUUAGCACAGAUGGCAGCCUAGACCCAACUUUCUGUCUGCAGGACCACAGGGCUAUCGUGUGAGUAGACACACGUGAGGGACUCCACGGUGGCACAGCCACCCCCCGAGGUAGGUGGGGGCUUCAGGGGCUUGGAAGAGUCCAUGGUCUCCUAGUGUCUCUCGGCCUCCCUCUGUGGGGCCUCCCCACUGUCUCCCUGGGCUCCGUCUGCCAUCCUGUCCCUGGAGCAGACACACUUUAGUUGUUGUUUGUUCCCUAACAAUAAGCACCUAUUCCAAGCCCCUCUGGGGGCUUUCCCUCAUGUCUGACCUCUCCUGAUUGGCCUCGGUGGGUCAAGGCCUGGGGGGAGAGGCCUACUUCUCCAGGAUGUGGGUACCUUCCCAUUGAGCAGGUCUCUGGUGACCAGCCA